GUGAGGGAGAGGGGGAAGAUAUUAAGAAGAAAAAAACAGCAUUUUGUAGAAAACCUUACUUUCUGUACCCCGUAAAUCCCAUUUGCUGUUUUCGGAUCCAAGCCUGUCUGAAAGAGAUUCAAUCAAGAUGAAAACAAUUGGUGUUGCCGUGUUUGGAGCCGUGUUCUGCACUGUUCUGACUGCAUCUCUGAAAGUCAAAGAAGAACACAAGAUAGCUUUUUUCGGCGAGGAUGUGCAUAUCCCACUCCCAUCCCUAGUCAGCACUGAUGUUCUGUUCAAGCCCGCCUCCAACCGCACCGCCGAGGUGGUCCUGAUGAGGGAUGGGCGGGUGGUGGGCCACCAGGCCCAGCUCAACUCCCUCAAGCACCUCAUCCUGGAGGAUGUGGGGGAGGAGAACGAGGGCAUGUACGUGAUCAAGAACACCGAGGCGCCUGCCGAUGUCAAACACAUCAUCCUCAUCGUCAGGGAUUGCGCGCUGGAGCAGGUGGUCAAGUACGGUGAGACAUACCACAUCCCACUCAGUGACAUCUUGGGCCCUAUCACCCUGGAGUUCAGGUCCAGUCAAGCUCAGGCCAAUCAGACCACGGAGCCCCCGGCAGUGGUAUUGCUCAACCAGACUUCCACCCCCCCAGAAGAGUACAAGGGUCGUCUGAGUGUGUCCGAGAAAAGGGUGACUCUAGGCAUGGUGCGGGGGACAGAUGAGGGAAGCUUCACCGUACUGGACCGCGAUGGGAAAGUCAGGAGGAGGUCAUGCCUGAACGUGAAAGAGCACCAGAACUUCGUCCACCUAUCAUAUGGCAGUACUUUGAAGAUCAACCUGUUUGUGGACCACACCAAAGUCAACCUCAUGUACACUCCAGACUGGGACCGUAAGGACCGGGUCAUACUAGAGCAAGGAGAGCUGGUGGUGCCGUUGGACCCUUCACUGGACGGCAGGCUGACUGUAGAAGGCUCCGUGUGCAUUCUGGAGAGGGUCCGGGUUAGUGACAUGGGGCUCUUCAGAGUGACAGACCUGUUGGGGUUCCCUGUGACCAACAUCUACCUGGAGGUGGAAGCCUAUAAGUUACCCACGCUGUAUGUUGCAAUCCUCUCCUUACUGGGCUUCCUGGUCCUCCUCUUGCUGGUGUGUCUGCUCUCCUGCCUGAUAAAUGUGCGCCGUCGGGCGGAGAAGGCGCGGCAAAUUGCCCUCAUCGCCCAGCAGGCGGGCAAGGGGGAUGGAGAUGCAUUCGUGAAGGUUGUUCAAGAGGCCUAUACACGGUUCGCUGAGGAAUCCACUUUGACGUCUACGUGGGACAACAGCAAUGCUACAGAGAGCACGGAGGUCACCAUUAAGGGUCUGGAGGUAUCCAAAGCAGGUCGCUACCACACUCUCUCCUCGGACAAGAACUUCCUGGAGAUGAGCGACUCGGGGGUAGAGUUCAACUCCUCCACCCUCCCGUUGGACAGCGAAUGUGAGACGGACGUGCCCCAGACCUUCACCUCCCACAAGCUGCUCCUCAACAACUCUGACAGUGUGGCCGCCACCAUCAUCCCCGAGGGAGACCAGAGUGCCAACCGGACCCCCGACUCUGCCAUGAGCCCCAGCUACGUGACCCAGGCCCGGUCUGAGGCCGACGCCCCUGAAGAAGACCUGAUGGGUGUCACCACGCCAGAAAGGGCAUCCAGUGGCACCGAGCUGUCUGCAGCACUUGAGGCAGCCGAUAAAGCUAUCAGCCCGUCAGUUCCCAAUGCCACUGCAGAGAGCACCACCACCUGAGCGCAAACCACCGGACACCCUGACAAUCUUUACUCUUCAGCCUCAAUUACCCCCCACCCCCUCACGCAGACAUAACCCAAAUCCUGAGCACUGCUUUUAUAAACUAAAACUACACAAAAAUGCUUGGUGUAAAAAUUGCCAGUCUAAAUGCACUCGACUUAAUCCCUAAAUAAAAAAUACAAGACCCUAGCUCAUUAGAAUACAUUAAUUCUGUGCAUACAGGAAAUGCAUGUGUAACGGAGUUAAGAACGUACCGUAAGCUCACUCCACAGCUAGCUUGAAAUGUCGCGGAUGGAGCCAUCCAAUUGAUACCUUUUGGGAGGCUCAGCACGUUGGAACGUUGUCACGCAGGGCGGUCACGUGUGUUGCGAAGCAGAGGAUCACUGGUUUGAGCCCAGUUUGGGGCAGUCGGACAGUGGAGGAAGCUAAGCUGUUAGCAGCAGACUGACCCCUGUUACACGUGCAUUUAAAUUAGACUUAAAAGCCAGGAUUUAGCCUUAGCUGGCCCAAGAGGCAAUUUAUAGUAUUGAUGACUGCAUAGUGCAUGCAUGCCUCUUUGGCCUAAGAACCAGAGACAGAGAUAAUAUCUAAGAUAACUUGGUGGACUAAGGGAAAAGUCAUUAUGAUGAUUCAUGAAAAUACAUUGAUAUCUGAGUAACUUUUUUUAUACCCCUGUAAAAAUGAAUCCCAGAAUUCUUCUAAUGACAAAAAUGUAAACAUUUUUGACAGCGAAAAUAUAUUUGAUCUAUAUUUCUUAUUAGCAUUGAAUGCUCUUACCACCAGUACUGUAUGUGGGGACAUAGACAUAGCAGCUGUAUGUGGGGACAUAGACAUAGCAGCUGUAUGUGGGGACAUAGACAUAGCAGCUGUAUGUGGGGACAAAGACAUAGCAGCUGUAUGUGGGAACACAGACAUAGCAGCUGUAUGUGGGGACAUAGACAUAGCAGCUGUAUGUGGGGACAUAGACAUAGCAGCUGUAUGUGGGGACAAAGACAUAGCAGCUGUAUGUGGGGACAUAGACAUAGCAGCUGUAUGUGGGGACAAAGACAUAGCAGCUGUAUGUGGGGACAUAGACAUAGCAGCUGUAUGUGGGGACAUAGACAUAGCAGCUGUAUGUGGGGACAUAGACAUAGCAGCUGUAUGUGGGGACAUAGACAUAGCAGCUGUAUGUGGGGACAUAGACAUAGCAGCUGUAUGUGGGGACAUAGACAUAGCAGCUGUAUGUGGGGACAUAGCAGCUGUAUGUGGGGACAUAGACAUAGCAGCUGUUUGUGGGGACAUAGACAUAGCAGCAAAAUAUAUGACAUAUGGUAAUAGACCAAAUCAUUCUACAAAUAACAUUGUAAUACUAGAUUAACAAGACCAAUAAAGACAACUUUAUUUUUUAAUUAAUCUCUGUAAAAAAAAUGCUUCUGACAAACAUAAACCCAGGGUAUCUGACAUAGGCCUAUACCGCUACAAUUUCAUUACAUCCAGAGAGACACUAUUAACAGAAAGUACAGGCAUGGCAUUAGGCUUUGGCACCAACUCAGAGAAAGCGUUUGUCUCAGCAUAUAGCCUCUAUAGAAUAGCAGAGUUGGAGAGCUAAAACCCCCAAGAUCUUCUUACAUCAUUCUUGCUAACUGACACAAGCUAGUAGAUUGAAUAACACCAUGCUAUGCAAGAAAGCUAGUAGUGUCCCUGAGCAUGUAACAAGGUGUCCAAUCUCUGCCACUUUUGAUGACAUAAUCCCAGCACAGUAAAUGUUUACUACAUCCCUCAUCUUGCAAAACAAAUGACCUGGAACUAAUACAACGGGAACUUCACAUCAGGUCAUUCUAAACCCCUCCACAUCACGUUUCUCAUUAGAACCCCAGCCACUGCAGAACAAGCCUUGGAACAGAGACAUCUAGAACGUCUCUGACAGAUGGGACAUGACAAUGAUCCCUUUGGAAGGGUCCUGAACGUUUGGAUCGCUGCCCUUUAAUAAAGGCAAGUAAGUAAGGCAGACUUAUGGAGAAGGAAUUACAUGCAUGAUGUCCUUUUUCAUUCCUAUUUUGCCUGACUCCAUGGCCCUUUUAGCCAAAAUGAACUGAAUGCUGAAUUGAUAAAUGCUAACAAUUAAGCCAACUUACUUUCCUGACAGACUGAAAACACUGCUUACUGAGUGAGACUGGAGCGCCAACAAAGCCAUUAAAGCCAUUAUUAAGAUCCAAUGUAUUUGCUGCUGCAUUCAUCACAGUCUUUAUGGGGGAAGGUUUUUACGCAUUCUCUUUUAACACAAUAUACAAUGCCAGAGUCACUUAUUUGAACCACACGUCCCACCCAGAACCUCUAAACGAAUAACAGUAGCUGCCUCAUCUCAAUUCAGUGCAGCAUCUUUUGCAAACGCGUCGUAUUCCAGAUAGGCGAGGAUGAAUGACUACACUACAACGAAGCGGCAAAGUCACAAUGCAAAAUAGAACAUCAUUCUUAUCCAGCACCGUGAUUGCUGAACUUCUUCAAUUUCGUGAUGAUUGUAUUGUCUUAAGUUCUAUUCGAGUUGUUAACCCAGAUCUAUUCAAUCUGUUCAAUCUGAACAGGAAAAACACAGAACCGUUCGCCGACCAUUCAGAUAACAUCAGUCCAUUUGCUGCAAAUAUACAUUACAAAGACAUCCACCCUCAGUCCAUUUGCUUCAGAAACAGUAUAUUAUUACAUCCAUUACAACAUCUGACGAACCAUUCCACUAAGGCCUCCCAUUGGUUUCAACUCUAGUCCAAUCAGGUACUGCAUAUUAUUAACGAAGGCAUUCUGUAUGUCGAUAAUAGGUGGGUGUAUAGCUGACCAUGUUAAAAAUGUCAAAGCAAAGGUAAUGAAGGGGUGUAACAGUCCCAGGCAUUCUGGGACAUGGUGUAGUAGUUGGUGGGGGACAGCAUCUGCUAGCAAUAUCGCUGCCUCGUGUUGUAACCGAUUUAGGAUGUCCGUGAGAGGAACUCAAGAGAGUAAGUCAAACAUGAUUGGUGUCAGAAAGAAAAAGCACAAAUAUAAUUACAUGAGAAAAAGUCCCCGUGUAACAAAAAUGUUUUAAAAUGUUUUUGUUUUUUAUUGCAGCUGUUGUAAAUAAUACUACCUGCAAAAUACAAGUAUAAUUCUACUUUGCUUUUUUGUUUAAAAUGAAGGUUUAAUUGUUUUUAAUGCAACAUAAGAAUACUGGACAGCAUAAAUAUCUUAUGUAUAAAUGAAUCAUAUAUGAUGUAGCUACUUGAUCGUUGAUAUUCUAUCGGCUAUUAUCUUGGUUUUGUGGAGUAUUACAAUUUUAUAGAUGUGUGUUAAAUUGGUACUGAAUUUGCACUGAUUAGAUUAGGAUGGAUAACAACGUUGACUAAAGACAAUGUAAAAGCCACCUAAUCUUUAAAGCUAACCCUUCCAUAUCAGGUAACAAGCUACUGAAUCCAUGGUCUGGGGAGGUAUAUUUGACCCAUUCCUAUUUUAGCUAAUUGACUUCUGAUUGAAUCUUGAGCAAUAUCUGUGCUGUAGCACCAAAAUUAUUAUUGUAUUUUUUAACUGGGUAAAAAAAAAGUAUAUCUACAAUUCAUACACACAUACUAUACCUUACAAACAUUACCCAAAGCUCACUUUCAAGCACCCUUGUAUAUAGCCUAGAUAUAUUGCAUGUGCAUCGCCAAUACUGUUUCUUACUGCAAAGUUAUGCAACAUUUUAUAUCCCUGAAUUGCGUCUUUUAUCCUUUCACUAAGUUCACAGUAGAUAGAUACUGAUACACAUAAUAUAUGAGACGCCUUAGACUGAGUGGCUGAGAAGACGUAAUAGCAGUAAAAUGCCUAUUUUUCUGUCUCUCUUUCUCUUCCGCUCUCUGUUGCAUCACAUAUCAUCUACCUAUCACGCGAUAGUAUCAGCACCUUUUUUUCAUUUUUUUUUUCAAUAGUAUCAGCACCUGAGAAUGUUUUUGGAAAAAAUGCUUGACGCGCUUGAACAUUUCGUCAAAACUCGUAGUAUCACGACUAUAACUAAUAUUUUUGUUCUUCUUAUGCAGAUAACUGCUGUCAUAGCUGUAGUAUUCCCAAGAGCUACUGCUGCAUGCUGACCUGUAUAUUGCCUGUGAGACAGCAGGAAUACUGCACUAUUUAAAUUGCACUGUAGGUCCUAUCCUGUUGGUGUCUGUUCAUGCAGUCAAUGAGGUAUUCUCAAAUGUCAAUAUUACUAUGGCUAAGACUGGAAUAAUGUACACCUCGACCCGCAAAAGCCAUGACAAAAUCAGCUCUGCAAUUUUCAAGUGUACCAGUUUCUUUCUUUUUUUUGAGGUUCAUUGGAAUGAGUAGUUUAUUACUAUGAUGUGACGACGUAGGAAAGGUUUGUCUUGAGAAAACAUGAAGAAUAAAGGGAGAAAACGUGCCGGAAUGCUAGAAAGAGAGGUCAAGUUUUUUGUAGACCUGCAUUAAAUUCUAUUUUCUUAAUAUUGAUGUCAGCCUACAUGGUAUGCAAGCAAAUGGUCACCCAGGGGGGAGAGUAAGUCUUGGGGUGACUUUAUGCUAUAUACAGGAAAAGAAUGUGUGAUUUUGGCGACAAAGUUUGACCAUUCAUUAUUGAGCCUACCAUGUAUGUGCAUCCUUUAAACAAGACUCAGUAGUAUUUAGUAUUCAGCAAUAUAUGUCCAGUUUACCUACUUCAGGGUUGAGUUCACUAGCCCGAAGUACAUAGUUGAAAUCAACUGAAUGUUUUUAUCUACCUGGCAGGUUUAUUUCAGAUCCCUUGGUGGGAAAAUGUCAGAUAUAUUCAGGAAAACUGCUUCUGCAAAUUAAACGAUGCAUGCUAACCUUGGUUGUUAUUAUUGCAUUUGAUUGUUUUGUUUAAUUUAAAAUGAAUGCCUUUCCAAACUUGUCUGCUAGGUUUAAGUCCAGAAUUCUUACUGUUGGUUUCCCUAGCUAUAUUAUCAUUGACUUUUAUAAUACUUCGCUAUCAUGUAGAAACAACUAUGCCCUUGUAUGCUAUAAUUAACAAUUUAUAAAAUGUAAUACUUUUGGCAUCAUGCACAGAAUUUGUUUUAUAUGUUGUUUUUUUCUGUAAUGAAUGAGCAAUGCCCAUUAAAGGAUUUUGAAGAGAUA